AUGAUUGACAACAACAAAAGAAGAUUAGAUACUAUAAAACACUUUUAUGGAGAUGAGAGUAUCAAAAACAAAGUAUCAUUAGUUAUUGUUCAUAAUGAUACAUUUCAUUGUGAUGAUGUAUUCUCUGUUGUUAUGUUAUCAUUAAUAAAUGGAAAGGUGCAAUUUAUAAGAACAAGAGAUUCUGAUAUUAUUAAAACAGGUGAUUAUGUUUGUGAUGUUGGAGGUAUAUGUAAUCCACAUUCACACAGAUUUGACCACCACAUGUAUUACUUUAAUGAAACAUUCUCUGAGGAUUAUGAUGUUAAAUUAAGUUCUUCUGGUUUGGUAUACAAAUAUUGUACUGAUGAGUUAUUUAAAAAAUUUGAUUUGAAUUUAGAAGGUGAUUUUUACAACUACAUACGUAAUGAGAUUUAUGAAAACUAUUUAUUACCAAUUGAUGCUAUUGAUAAUGGAUACAAUAUUUUUAAGGAUGUUUUACCAAGAACAAUAAGUACAAUAGUUGGUAGUUUCAAUUCACCCAAACAAAAUUUCAUGGACAAAGAUGGAGUGUUAGAUUUUGAAAGGUAUGAAGAAGAACAAUAUAAACAGUUUGUUAAAGCAGCUGAUUUAAUAAAGGAUGAUUUUAUUAGGUUUAUGACUAAAAUUAAAUCAGUUGAUGUAAAAUAUUUUUCAGCUGUCAAAGAAUUAGUCAAUUCAACCACUGAAAAGUAUAUUAUAUCUCCCUGUAUUGCAUACACACAAGGUUUAAUUAGUAAAAUUACCAAAAUAUUAAACAAAGAUUUGUUAUUUGUGAUUUAUCAACAGCCUAAUAAAUUUAGAAUCUAUGCCUUUAGAAAAAGUAAAAUCUCAUUUGAAUCAAAAUGUCCUCUUUUUAAAGACUGGAGAGGUAAAAGAACUGAAGAUUUAAAACAAUAUUCUGAUUUUCCAGGGAUGGAAUUUGUUCAUUCUUCAGGAUUUACAGGACAGGCUGAUAAUCUUAAAACUGCCAUAGCAAUGUGUGAAUAUUCAAUUAAACAUAAUGAGUAA